AUUACUCAGACAUUAGACAAGAAAUAACUGCCAGAAAAAGAACGAAAAAUCCCACUUUUCAUUCAUUUGUCGUUUAUAUUUUUUCAUCACCUGAUCAGCAAUUACUUCAGGAAUAUGACUGACGAUAUUUCAUCGAAACAGGCUCUCUUUGAGUGCCAAGGUAUUGAUAUGCCGAACAAGCACAAGCACACUAGCUGUUUGAGUGGGUCAAGCAGUAGUACAUCAUCUGGGAGUUCAGAUACCGUUAGUACUGAUACAGAAAGUGGCGAUGAGAACCAUGCGCGAGGAAAUUGGUCUGGGCGAUUGGACUUCUUCCUGUCGUGCAUUGGAUAUGCCGUUGGCUUGGGGAACAUCUGGAGAUUCCCUUACUUAUGCUAUAGAAAUGGUGGAGGUGCCUUUCUUGUCCCUUACUUGACAUUCCUGUUCCUGUGUGGUAUGCCAUUGUUCUUCCUUGAAGUCUCCUUUGGCCAAUUCUCUAGUCUAAGUCCAAUCUCAGCUUGGAAAGUCAGCCCAUUAUUUAAAGGCAUAGGUUAUGGCAUGGUCCUGGUGUCUGGCGUCGUUUGUAUCUACUACAACAUUAUAAUAGCAUGGACGCUGUAUUUCCUCUACAAGUCCUUUACCUCAGUGCUGCCCUGGAGCACGUGUGAUAACGAAUGGAACACGCCCAGGUGUAUCGUGCGAAAUCGCAACGACUCGUUACUGGUAAACGACUCAUUACUGAUAAACGAGACAGAUGAAACAUGGAACACCACCUAUACACCCAAUGUGAUGAAUAUGGUAAACGGGACACUUGGCAACUCAACCAAUUUGACUGCGACUGUUGCUUCAGUGGUUGGAAACAUCACAAACAGAACAACGCCAAGUGAAGAAUUUUGGCAACACCAUGUUCUACAGAUCACUGAUGGAAUUGAAGACAUGGGUAAGAUCCGCUGGGAGCUGUUGGUCUGCCUGGGCAUUGCUUGGAUCUGUGUGUUCCUCUGCCUCUUCAAGGGAAUCAAGUCAUCUGGAAAAGUUGUGUAUGUGACUGCCACCUUCCCCUACUUGGUGCUGAUCAUUCUCCUUGUGCGUGGUGUCACCCUGCCGGGUGCCAUCGAUGGGAUAAAGUACUACAUUAUCCCACAGUUUGACAAAUUGCUAAGUUUCCAGGUGUGGGGUGAUGCGGCCAUGCAGAUCUUCUACUCCAUCGGAGCAGCGUGGGGAGCCCUGAUCACCAUGUCAAGUUAUAACAAGUUCCGCAACAACUGUUACAGAGAUGCGCUGAUCGUGCCCUGCUUGAACUCCGGUACCAGCAUCUUUGCUGGAUUCGUCAUCUUCUCCAUCAUCGGAUUCAUGGCUCACGAAACUGGACGAGACAUAGAAGAUGUCGUCACACAAGGACCUGGUCUGAUCUUCGUGGUUUACCCAGCUGCUGUGGCCAGGCUCCCAGUUGCACCAGUGUGGUCUAUUCUAUUCUUCGUGAUGGUCUUCAUGGUUGGCUUGGACACUCAGUUUGGUAUGUUUGAGACCAUGACCAGUGCCAUCAUUGACGCCUUCCCUCACCUCCUCAAGAAAAAGAAAGCCCUCAUCGUUGCGAUGCUGUGUGCUUUGGAGAUGCUGCUUGGGAUACCUUGCAUCUUCCAGGGCGGGAUCUACGUCCUCCAAAUCAUGGACUGGUACAGCUCCACGUUUUCACUAAUGAUCAUCUCGUUCACUGAACUGAUCGCAAUCUGUUAUGUUUAUGGAGUUAAUCAGUUUUACAAGGAUAUCUCCCUGAUGAUAGGAUACCAGCCUUGUAUCUGGUGGAAGAUCGUCUGGUGUGGAAUUACACCAUGCAUCAUUGUGUUCGUGUUCCUGUUCAGCAUAGUGCAGCAUGUACCAGUGAGCUACGGUGAAUAUGCAUAUCCACAGUGGGCAGUUGGAUGUGGAUGGAUGUUGGCCCUUGUUUCAAUGGUGCCAUUACCGAUCAGCAUGGUGUUCGAAUUCCUCAGAACGCCAGGAACAUUUAUCGAGAGAGCAAAGAUACUGAUAAAACCAGAACCAGAAUGGGGCCCAGCCCUGACAGAGCACAGGGAGCAAUACAUUGCAAAUCUUCCAUCUGAUCUGAAAAACAGAAUCCGUCUGAAUAUCUCUACAGAGGAAUCAUCAAAUUCAAAGGAAAAGCAACCGUUCAUUCGCACGAUUGAUUUAGAUCUGAACGUUUCAACGCAAGUGUGAGGUACUCAGCAUUUUCCCUGGCAUCUGAUCUGAAUUACGAUCUUGUUGCUAUGGCAAAGACAAUUACAGAUCAGGCGUUUUCUCAUUCGAAGGGUUGUAGAUUUUCUGUGAAACUAUUCAUCAAUUGGAAGUUUGAGUUUUCCUUCCGCCUGAAUAUCGGUUGCUUGUCGAAUUCGAAGCAAGAAGAUUUAUGCGAUGCCGGGGAAUAGUUUUCCCAAGUGUUCGGCCAACAAGCUGCAGAACAAGACAUUGUAAACAUGUGUUGAUAUUUCCACCAUUGUGUGGGCUGAUAACUUAAACCCAAUAAACAGGAAUUGAUAGUGUAUACAGGUCCUGCAAUCCCGGUGGACUACUUGUGCUUGAGUUCUGGAGGACCUGGUCAAGUGAUUUUUGAAAACCUACCGAGAAAGGAAAAUCUCUUAACGAACAUUGGCUUGUUGUUUCAAGUAAAUAUCCACCUCUCAGUAAGACUCCGAAUAUCUUUCUUGAGUUGUUACUGCUUAGCAUCAAUACUGAAGCUUCCGUGAAAUUCUCAUCAGUGAAUUCCCAAUGCAUUGACUUGGUUGAAUGUCCUUUUUGUCUGUGGGUGUCAAAAAGACUGGUCCACACUCGGGGUGACUUUUGAGAACAUGAGGGGAAAAAUUAAGGGUCCUUCAGAUUCCCAAGUUUUGCACUAAAUGAUGGUUUUCACUCAUGGUUAUUUGAUGGGUGGUGGUCAGCUACCAUUGCAGGUUCUGACCUCAAAGAUAAUUACAUCAGAAACAUGAAUCAAUUUUAAAGUCAAUAGUUGGCCUUUUUUGCAAGUUGGAAAUAAUUGAAGUCUUGGUAUCCAAGAUGAAUUGAGUGCUUGAUUGAACCUUUGAAUAAACUUUUUGUACUGUUUGUGUUGUUGUGUUAAAAAAUACAUUGUGAAUUAUAUGGGACAUUUCACCAAGGGGAAUAACUUUGGAUUGUGGUUGGACUUGUAUCCAGUGGAGAUUUCAACCAAGCACUCUUAGGAUUUCAAAUCCAAAUUAAGUCCACAAAUGAAUUGACCUUAUAUAUCGAUUUGAAAAGUCUUGGUAUCCAAGACGACUGGUCGCUUUUGCGUAAAAAUAGAUUAAUUGGUACAGUGUAGUAAUGUUGUGUUGAAACGUGUUUGUGAAUAUUUUGGUGACUUCCUCGUUGGAAAGAGGUGUGAUGAAGGAUGCAAGGCUCAAGAUGGUUUUGGAGAAAUAUUUGUACAUUGUGCUUGUGCGGUAUGGAGGGGCUGCUGGUUAUUUCAUUGCUCGAGGUUACAGGAAGUGAAUUGACAGAAGCUGCAUUGUAUUGGAAGCUUUCUUCUUGUGCAAUUGCUUCUUCAUAUUCAACUGAACAACUUGAUGAUAUUAUUACUGUGUGUUGAAAAUGUGCAUUAUAACAACUUGUGGCACACACAUGGUUAUGUGCUCUAAAACGCAAUCUCACUUUCAUGGCUGUUAAGGGUUAACCUGAGCACGUCAUGUCUUAUUCUUAAAUGCAAUCUCUCCAUGGUUACUCUGAUGAUCGAUCACUGAUACUGUCGGAGGUAUUUUAUAUUUAUAUUCUAAACAGUCUCAUUAUGAUGUCUGACUUGAUAUCGAAUUGUAUUGUACAUAGUAAUGAAUGUAAUAAUGCUACAUCAAUGCAAUACAUGUAUGAGAAACAACAUGUAGACCUACAUUACUCAUACAUCAUAUAAAGGUGGAGUAAAGGACCCCUGACUCCAUCUGUUCAGCGAACAUUACCCCUCCCACUCAUCCUCGCAAUGGUUCACUUACAAUUCAUCCCACUUAAGGAAUGUCCUUUAAUUUCUUCAACCCAAACUCACAUGACCUAUUAACGGGUGCUACACUACAGGGUGUAUCAUUAAAAAUGAAUUGUAAGUUUCAUCAGUUUGGUAUUCAAUCGGUAUUUAUAUUCUGACCCAAGUUCUCUAGAAUUUGUGUUGUCAGAUAAGAAGAGUUGGUGCUUAAUCAAUCAGAAUUUGUCAACAAUCAGUUCGAGCAAACUUUUAAACACUGCUGUGGUGGGACCUCAUUGAGUUUCGUUAGAACUCUUUGAGUAGACAAUAUUACGAGCUCUCAUACUUAUUUGAAAAUGAGUAAGUGGGACACAUCUAUUUCGUCAAUUGGAGCACUGAGAACUAGAUCCCCACAAGUCCUUCUUAAGACUCACUCACUUGUGCAGUUCUAGUUCUCCAUGCUCCAGUUGAUGAAUAAAUUAUGUGUUUAUAUGACAGAAUCAGUGUUCUUGCCAUAAUAUGGGAACACCAUUUAUGGCAAUGACAUAUUGACUCCUACAUUUUGCCCAAUCGUGACUCCCGUUUAAUCCAUGUACAAAAUCCUGUCGUAGGGGAUAUUGGUGACCUUGAAGUGAAUCAAAUCCACUGAUCUCACUGUUGUCUUUGUUGUGUUUUUAUAUGUCUUUGCAUUUAUAUUUCAUCACUGUAUUGGCUUGAAUAUCGUUCUGGAAGCAGACGUAUAUUGAAAAUGAAUAUGUAAGGAAUUUUAAUUUGGAGUUGUGCAAACAUGGGGGAAAAUAAAUUCUGGGUUGAAAAUUUGUCGAGGAUUCGUACAGGGAGUGGGUGCUCUGAUGACCUGUUAUGUUAAUAGGUUUGCACAAUUCAAAAAAAUGUAUUUGUUUCCCGUUUAUUUAGGAUAGAUGACCAUGACGGUUUGCCAGUUGUUUUUUUUGUAUUGUGACAUUAUCAAAAUGCAGAGUAUAAAUGCACAUACAUGUAUAAUGCAUUGCUUCACGAUCAGUUUGGGGCAGGCUAGAAAUAAUAACUCUCAUUUUUGAGGGGAAAUGGACUGUCUUUUUAUACAAGUAAUAACUUCCCACGUGUCACAAUUUUUUUUGCAUUUAAUGCAAUUGGUCAGCCGUAGAAAUAAAAUUGGUUCUGUCUCUGAUGGGACUUUCAGUAUUUUUAGGAUUUGUGAUUUGAAAGGUGUUGAAUUAUGAAAGUAUUGGGGUAAACUUAAAAAAAAUAAUUUGUUUCAGCAAAGAUUCUGGCUCGAGUAUUUUUGAACCAACAAUGUGUGUAAAUUACUCAAGACUUUAGGCAAACUUUAUAAGUAUAGUUGACAAAAAAACUUUCAUGUCAUUCCCCUGACAAUACUCAUUUCCCCAUCAAGAGGCAGGAUCACCAAAAAUAUUCAAAAAAUUAGAAAUAAAUUGUUCCAGUUGUCCUCGGCAUUAUUUCUGAGCGAUGCACAAUUACCAUAAAAUUGCUCUGCGAAUUAUAAUAUCUUGUAGAAGUAAUAAUUGUGAUUUAAUCAAUCCUAUGGAUUGCAUGUGCAUACUGAUGUUUGUCUUUAUCUUGUGACGAUUCGCAAUUAUCAAAAUGUUUGUCGAAAUCUAUAUUCAUCCUAGCUUGAAUGACGAGUCUGUUGUGCUCACUGCUGUAGAUAGUGUGGGUGGCAUUAGUCCUAGUUGGGAUGGAAUCAUUACAAAUCCUAUGGAUUCGGUGCUCAGUCAUAGGAGUCAUCUCUGCUCGUAUGUCAACAGUUCAACAGCUUUGUAUUGGUGUAUUUAACACCAUGCGAUGCAGUAUGAAUAGCUCUCCUAUUCUACCUAGAAAUAAAAUACAACGUGCAUUUAAAGCGUAUGACCCAAUCAUCUAUAAGCAGUAACUCCAUGACUGAAUUAUCUUAGUCUUGUACUCUGCAUAAUGAGAGAAGAGCCUCUAUUUUAGACCUUUAUAUGGUUUUAGUCCAGGAAUUGUACUUCAAACUUCAUGACGUCAUUGCAAUUUGUGUCUUCAAGAAUCCUCUCGUUAUUUAUUAAAAAUAGCCCUAUGUUGUUAUCAAGGGACAGAAAAAUUCAAUAUGCCCAAGAAAAGGGCCAUAUUUUCUCUUUAUUACAUGAGCACUGUGAAUUUCCAACAGGCCACUGCAGAUAAAUCCACAAUUUGCAAAGUUUGUUGCGCCAUUUAAAUUGACAUGAUGGAAGUCUCACUUCCAUUCAUUCAGAAAAGCUACCAGGGAUCACCACAAUUUCAUCAUUGAAAGUGGUCAAUGAUGUUGUUGGUGAAGCCCUUUGAAAAAAAACCAAGGCUCUUUGUGCAAAACCCCAGAUGUGCGAAAAACUGUGGAACUUGAAUAUUGUCUUUCAAAUAAUGAGUGUUUUGCCUUUAGUUAUUACGCAUUUAUACCUUGUAUUCCAGUAUUUAUUGCUUGAUAAUCAAUUUUGUGAGCUUUCCAUCUGCAGACCUUUUUUUGAAAAUAUUUAUUUUUGAAUAAUGAGGAAGUGUAUCGGCAGUCAUGUGGCUAAAGGUGGCAGUUAAAGGACAGUGUUGAUAGACAGUUCAGCAUUAGUUGAGGGGCAGUGGUGCCGUUAGUUAAGGAACAGGAUUAGACAGUGGUACAAGAGUAUAGGUCGAUGUCUCACUGUGCAGUUAACUGUAGAUUUCAUGAGGUCACAACAGGUUUCCUAACCCUCCACUGUUCUCGGACCAAAACAAAACUUUUGGAAAAGUGGAAAUAAUUAUUACAUGUUGUUACAUCUGCUAGUAUUCUAAUUCAUGAAAGUCAUCAUUAAUUCCUCACAUGCUAGUCGUGAUGCAUGUACAUACUUCAUUCCUGUUAGGUCCAGAUUCAAUACUACUAACCACUCUGAUAUCAUGAGAAUAGUUGACUUAUCCAGACGCCUCCAGCUUGUUAGUUGAAAGGACAAAUUUGGUCCAGUUGGACGUAUCUUAGGUGGAAGGCUUGGUAUAUGGAAAAAUCUGAUGUGGCUAUUCAUUUUGGUUUGUAGUAUGGCAUUUGGAACGCAGUAGUGCCAUGGAUCGUCCUGUAAUGGUUUUGUCAUUGUUUUGUACAAUAAAUUAAUUGUUUGCAAA